AUGGCCAACAGAGCUGUACCGCAGAGACCUAAUGGCCAAACACCAGGAAAAAUAUGUCAGUUUAAGUUGGUUCUUCUAGGCGAAUCAUCAGUUGGAAAAUCUAGUUUAGUACUUAGAUUUGUAAAGGGGCAGUUUCAUGAAUAUCAAGAGAGUACCAUUGGUGCUGCUUUCCUUACCCAAACGAUUCAUUUAAAUGAUGUAGCUGUAAAAUUUGAAAUUUGGGAUACAGCUGGUCAAGAGCGUUACCAUAGUUUAGCACCAAUGUAUUAUAGAGGUGCUCAAGCAGCUAUUGUAGUCUAUGAUAUUACUAAUCAAGAUACCUUUGAAAGAGCUAAAAAUUGGGUGAAGGAACUUCAAAGACAAGCAACACCCGGUAUUGUAAUAGCUUUAGCUGGAAACAAGUUAGAUUUAAAUACUAUGAGAAGUGUUCAGACUGAUGAAUCACAAACAUAUGCCUAUGAAAAUGGACUGCUGUUUAUGGAAACAUCAGCAAAAACAAGUGCUAAUGUGACCGAAAUUUUUAAGGCAAUUGCUGAAAAACUUCCUAAGAAUGAAACAACUAAUACAGCAGGGCAGGGUCGACGUCUAGUUGAAUCUGAAGGAGCUAAUAAGAGCCUUAGCAGCUGUUGUAAGUGA